CUCUGAAGUCAGCAAAGCAAUAAUCAAAGAGCAGAGCUAUUUGAGGACUACAACAGUAAAGCAGAAUUUCAGAGUGGGAUUUUGGUCUUUAAUGUGAAGAUACAUCUAUAUUAAACCAGGAAUCAUUGUCAGUAACAUUUAGACACGAAAAUUUGGAAGAUUAAACAAGUGUGAAGGUUGAUCAUGGAAAUCAAAGAGGAAGGAGCAUCAGAAGAAGGCCAGCACUUUCUUCCCACACCCCAGGCAAAUGAUGCUGGGGACUUCCAGUUCACAAGUAUUCAGAAGACUCCAAAUGAACCACAGUUGGAAUUCAUCCUUGCAUGCAAGGAUCUUGUGGCUCCCGUUCGUGAUCGGAAGCUGAAUACACUGGUGCAGAUCUCAGUAAUCCACCCCGCGGAGCAGGGUCUGACAAGAUACUCAAGCACGGAAAUUGUGGAGGGAACAAGGGACCCGCUGUUUUUGACUGGUGUCACAUUCCCAUCUGAGUAUCCCAUCUAUGAGGAGACCAAAAUAAAGCUAACAGUCUAUGAUGUCAAGGAUAAGUCUCAUGACACUGUUCGAACCAGUGUCCUACCUGAACGUAAGGAUCCCCUGCCAGAGGUUGGGCGAAGCUUCCUGGGCUAUGCCAGUUUUCAAGUGGGGGAGCUACUGAAGUCGAAGGAGCAGCUGCUAGUCCUGAGCCUGAGAACUUCAGAUGGUGGCAAAGUUGUUGGCACCAUAGAAGUCAGUAUCGUGAAGAUGGGGGAGAUUGAGGAUGGGGAAGCCGACCACAUCACCGCAGAUGUGCAGGGACAAAAGUGUGCACUGGUAUGUGAAUGUACAGCCCCAGAAAGUGUGAAUGGAAAAGAUAACUUACCUUUUUUGAAGGCAGUGCUAAAGAACCCGGUGUGUAAAUUAUAUAGAUUUCCCACAUCUGACAAUAAGUGGAUGCGAAUCCGGGAGCAGAUGUCAGAGAGCAUACUUUCUUUUCAUAUUCCUAAGGAAUUGAUUUCUCUUCACAUAAAAGAAGAUUUGUGUAGAAACCAGGAGCUGAAAGAACUUGGUGAGCUGUCUCCACACUGGGACAAUCUACGGAAAAAUGUCCUUACUCACUGUGAUCAAAUGGUGAAUAUGUACCAAGAUAUUCUGACAGAACUUAGCAAGGAAACAGGGUCCUCUUUCAAAUCAAGCAGCAGCAAAGGAGAGAAAACAUUAGAAUUUGUUCCGGUAAAUCUACAUCUGCAAAGAAUGCACGUACACAGCCCUCACUUGAAAGAUGCUCUCUAUGAUGUCAUCACUGUGGGAGCCCCAGCUGCCCAUUUUCAGGGAUUUAAGAAUGGUGGUCUUCGGAAACUACUCCAUAGAUUUGAAAUGGAAAGAAGAAAUACUGGAUACCAGUUUAUUUACUAUUCACCUGAAAACACAGCCAAAGCAAAAGAAGUUCUCAGCAACAUCAAUCAACUACAACCUCUGAUAGCAACCCAUGCAGACCUACUGCUUAAUUCUGCAAGCCAGCAUUCUCCAGACAGCUUGAAGAAUUCUUUAAAGAUGCUUUCAGAAAAAACAGAGCUUUUUGUACAUGCCUUCAAGGAUCAGCUGGUCAGAAGUGCUCUCUUAGCCCUCUACACUGCCAGACCAGGAGGUGUCCUGAAGAAACCACCGUCUCCUAAGAACAGCACAGAGGAGAGCUGUCCCCAGGACCCACCCCCGCUGAUGAAAAGGCAGGACUCCAUACCACAUCAUUCAGACUAUGAUGAGGAAGAGUGGGAUAGGGUGUGGGCCAGUGUGGGGAAGAGCCUGAACUGCAUUAUUGCCAUGGUGGAUAAACUGAUUGAAAGAGAUGGUGGUGGUGAAGGCAGUGAUGGCGGCAGCAAAGAUGGAGAAAAGGACCCUUCUCUAGUGGACCCCAUCAUAACUCAUCCAAGGGAGGACUGGUAUGAACAGCUAUAUCCCCUCAUCCUUACCCUGAAGGACUGCAUGGGAGAAGUGGUGAACCGAGCCAAGCAGUCCCUGACAUUCGUGCUCCUUCAGGAACUUGCAUACAGCUUGCCCCAGUGCUUGAUGCUGACGCUCAGAAGGGACAUCGUCUUCAGCCAAGCACUUGCUGGAUUGGUUUGUGGUUUUAUCAUCAAAUUACACACAAGUUUGCAUGACCCUGGCUUCCUACAGCAGCUUCACACAGUGGGAUUGAUAGUGCAAUAUGAAGGACUACUAAGUACAUAUAGUGAUGAAAUCGGAAUGCUAGAGGACAUGGCUGUUGGCAUUUCAGAUUUGAAGAAAGUCGCAUUUAAAAUAAUUGAAGCCAAAUCCAAUGAUGUCUUGCCAGUUAUAACAGGAAGGCGGGAACAUUACGUGGUGGAAGUGAAGCUUCCAGCUCGGAUGUUUGAGGCACUGCCUUUGCAGAUUAAAGAGGGACAAUUGCUCCAUGUGUGUCCAGUACUUUUUAAUGUUGGAAUCAAUGAACAACAAACUCUUGCUGAGAGGUUUGGCGAUGUCUCUUUGCAGGAAAGUAUUAAUCAGGAAAAUUUUGAACUUCUAAAAGAAUAUUACAUGACAUUUAUGGAAAAGAUGCCGCCUGAUUACAUUUCACAUUUUCAAGAACAAAAUGAUUUAAAAGGAUUACUAGAAAAUCUCCAUCAAAAUAUCCAAGCCAAAAAAAGAAAGAAUGUAGAAAUCAUGUGGUUGGCUGCAACGAUUUGUCGCAAACUCAAUGGCAUUCGUUUCACCUGUUGCAAAAGUGCCAAGGACAGGACAUCGAUGUCGGUGACUCUGGAACAGUGCUCGAUCCUGAGAGAUGAGCACCAGCUACACAAGGACUUCUUUAUCCGAGCCCUGGAUUGUAUGAGAAGAGAAGGAUGCCGCAUAGAGAAUGUACUGAAGAAUGUCAAAUGCAGAAAGUAUGCUUUCAACAUGCUACAGCUGAUGGCUUUCCCCAAGCAGUACCGACCUCCAGAGGGGACUUAUGGAAAAGCUGACACCUAACUUUACCAACAUGUAAAUAAGCAGGAACACAAACACGCUGCAGUCGGAUAAUCUCCACCCUUUUAACUUUUUUAUUGUCACGAAUUUGUGGAGGGAGGUGAUCAGGGAUGUUUGCCCAAAUCUAGGCAUUACUUGGAUUAGGUAUUAGCAUAUUACUCUGAAUGAAAUCCAUUAAAAAAAUCUUAAGUAACAUCGUGAUUCUAGGUCUCCGCUUCAACGCGUUGCCCCUCACUGGCUGUGUUCAGCUCAAAAUGGGUGCAUUUCGUUCAUGGAGUCCUUCAGCCGGAGGCAUUCUGAGGAAAUGUAGGCUGUCACAGGAGGAAGACAGGUGACUCAGAGAGGGGCGCUCGACCUCCAAAGGGAAGACAAAAGAGGGGACAGGGGAGGGAGACUCAGACAUGUUAUUUCACAGCCGUACUCACGUGUAACCUUAAAGCCCAUGUGUGGGAUUCAGAAAAUAUUUUUCCAGUGAAUUAAAAUUCAGUAGCAUCAAUGCACGAUCUUGACUGUGGAAGCCGGUUGCCGGUGUGCUUGUAAAGACUUGGGUCCUCCAGGCCAGACAAGACCAGUCCUCCCGAACAGGUAGAUGACAGUGUUAGCAACACGGAGAAGAGACUUUUCCAUAACGUGGUAUCUUUUCAAAACUCUGACUCGUGCCGUGUGGCCCCAUGACAGAAGAGGUGAUAGAGAAAGUUGAAUAGAAUAGUAGGAAAAAACACUGGAGGAACAGCAACUGCAAGGAAAUGAAAGCUGAUCAGCCUGCUGAUGUCAAACCUAAAAAUCCCCAACAGCCUGAACUUUAUGUAGCCAAGUUCAUAAAAGUCAAUAAACUAUCUUUGUGAUGUUUUCCAAUAGUCCUCUUGCUACAGAAUAUAGAUGGUGGAAGUAUGCAUUGUCUGACAUAGAUUACUAUGUGUGAAUAAACAUUUUAAGACCUA